CUAGCAACACUAGUCUGAUGAUUGAUGUUUCAUGCACGGGUGUAGAGAAAGUAAUUUUAUAUUUUUACUAAUUUGUUCUCGCCCAAUGGUCGAAUAAACACCAUCGUGUUGUGAGAAAUGCUCGUGUCGUCGCUGUUGUUUAAUCGCAAGUGCCAAAAAAGUAAACUUAGUGCAUUAGAAUGUCUAGAAAUGGUGAUGACUGACACAUCAAUUCGUGCUUAUUUAAAGUGAUUUUAUGAGUGUUUUUGUGCAAGUUGAACAGGAUGCCGAGGGGAGAAAAUAGAACGAGCGUCCUGUUGUCUCGAGAUGAGAAUGACCAGGUGUUCAGUCUCAUCGGGCCGAAGUGCCAGAGCUUAGCGACAGCAGUAGUACAAUUAUUCACAACAGAAGGGCCGGCACAUUCAGAAUGGAAGAAGAAAGACACGGGCGUGCUCUGCCUCAUCAAGGACAACAGCAAGCGAUCAUACUUCUUCCGAAUCUACUGCCUUUACAGGAAAGCCAUGAUAUGGGAACACGAGGUCUAUUUGCAAAUAGAUUACAAGAGUCCACGCCCGUACUUACAUACAUUCGAGGCUGAGGAAUACAUGACAGCAUUUAAUUUUGCGAAUGAAGAUGAAGCGAGGACGCUACGAAAUAUACUCAUUGAAAAAAUUGAAUUACGAAAACGGAGAAGGGCAGAUUACACAUUGAAGAGCUCGAACAAAAAGCCGAAAACACGAAAAUUGACGAAAGCAGACAUUGGUAUGCCGAAGAAUUUCGUACACGUAUCGCAUGUGGGAUGGGACGCGAACAAAGGUUUCGACGUUGACCUGCCUGAGGAGGCGAUGAGGUCGUUCCUAGUGAAAGCCGGAAUCACGGACACUCAGCUGCAGGACCAUGCCACUCGACAGUUUAUAUACGACUUUAUCUCGAGCCACGGCGGCGCUGAGGCUGUCAAGGAAGAGUUACACGACUCGCCCAAGAGCGGCCGCGGGCCGGCGCCUCCCCCCGCGCCGCCCGCGCCCCCCGCGCCCCCCGUGCCCUCCCGCGCGCCGCACGCCGCGCCGCCCGCGCCGCCGUCCCGCGCGCCGCCGCCGCCGCCCGCGCGCGCCGCGCCGCCCGUCGGCCCCGCGCCCCGCAACCCGCCGCCGCCCCGGCCCCUGCAACCACCGGCCGCCGCGCCGCCAUCAGUGCCGCCGCCCCCGCCCCCGCCCAUGGCGCCGCCGCCGCCGCCCGCCCCAGCCGCUCCGCCCGCCCACGCCGCGCCGCCCGCCCCGCCGCCGCCGCCGCCCCCGCCCGCCGACUGCGCGCCCGACCCGCGCUCCGCGCUCAUGGAGAGCAUCCGCAGUGGAAACAAGACGCUCCGGCACGUGGAGGUCGGGUCGAAGACAUCACUGAACGACGACAGUAGGAGCAACCUGCUCAGCGAGAUACGACAGGGAGUCAACUUAAAAUCCGUGCAGCGCUCCAGCAGCUCGGGCGAGGAGCGCGGCGCGGCGGGCGACGGCGCCAGCGGGCUGGCGGGCGCGCUGGCGCGGGCGCUGCAGGAGCGCGCGCGCGCCAUACAGUCCUCCGACUCCGAGGGCAGCGGCGACACCAGCGACGGCGAGUGGGACGACUAG